AGGUGUUAACUCUCUUCAGGAUCAGAUGUGCAAGCAGAUAAUGACUACCGGCAACUUAAAAUCAGUGAUGAAUGCUCUCAGAAGCUUCUAGAUAUGAGUAUAAUUCAGCAAACUGAUUCAGAAAGAUGCGACAGUGUAGAGCUCGAUAAUGAAAUAAGGACUUUAAUAGGAAGGAGCAGUGCUUCAGAGAAGUUGGAGUUCCGUUCACAUGCUUUGAAAGCUUUUGGUAAAAGUGAUACCCAAGUUAAUUCUUCACAGAAGCAGGCAGGCAUGGAUGAAACUAAAACAUCAGGUGGUGUGCAAGAGCACUUGUUGGCAAAAAAGAAUGUAUCCACACAUGUGCUGGAGGUGCAGAUUAUAUCCCUGGAAAAACAGAGGCAAGAGCUUUUGACAGUGAACAAUCAAUGGGAUCAACAGUUCAGGCAGAUGAAGCAGUACUACGAACGAAAGGUCACAGAACUGAAAACAAAACUGGAAACAAUGCAGAAGAGUGUCAAGGAUCUGGAAAUGGAAAGGCACCAAAUGCAGAAAGAAUGUCAAAGGCUGGAAGCCCUGGUGAAGGAUAAAUACUUACAGGAAAUGAGGGAGAAAAAUACCCUAAAGGAAGAGAACAGGCUUCUGAAAGAAGAAACUACCUUGGCAAAUGCAAAGAAAAUACAUUAUGAAUGUGAAAUUAAUCGCCUCAACAAGGCCCUUCUGGAUGCCUUGAACAACUACAAAGUAUCCUCGCAUGUCCCUAAUGUGGAUGAAUUAGACAGGAAUUGUAUACAGGAUGAGAUGCAGAUGCAAAUGGAAGUUCUCAGACAACAGGUUCAAAUAUAUGAAGAAGAUUUUAAAAAAGAAAGAUCUGAUAGAGAAAGACUUAAUGAAGAGAAAGAAGCACUGCAGAGAAUUAACAAGAGAGCACAAUCUCAGUUAAAGAAACUAAAUUCUCAGAUUAAAGACUUCCAGGAAGAAAUAGGAUCACUUCAGAAGCAAGUAAAGCAACAGGCCAGAGAAGUCGAAGCACCGCCAGAGCAACAAGGGUUUCCAUCAGAUGUUUGUUCCUCCUUGUCUGAGCUGCAGGAACUGUGGGCUAUUUCACCCUUACCUUGAAUCCCAGAUAACAUUAGUUCCAUGUGACAUUAAUAGAACACUGCUGUCCCCAGUAAUACUUCCAGUCAUUACUUCUACUUCACAAAGCUGAAACAGUAAAAAAACCCAAAAUUUCACAACCAGGAAUGCCAUAUUCUGCAAGUACACUGUGAGGAAAAAUAAACCAAUUGGAAUACUGUGAAAAUUGUGCAACCUAA